AUGGCGGCAGAAACUCCAGAUGCAUUGACUCUCAAUUCGUGGGAAGAGGCGUUCAAGUACCCUAUUCCGACGGUACGGCGCCUACAACAGGAACUUCACAGAGAUGCCGAGAGCAACAGGGACAAGCUGAGGUCGCUUGUUGGUAUCAAAUAUCGGGACCUUCUUGGAACCGCAGAGACCAUCGUGGACAUGAACACGCAUAUACAGCAAGUUGAGUCUACAUUAUCUAGUAUUGGAAAACGAUGCAAUCCUCGAGCCAUUGCGAAAAGGGCUGAGUGUACCUUUGAUUUGAAAGAUGAUUCCAAAAUCAGUGGUGAUGAACGACAACUCAAGGCCCACCUAUGUCUCCUCCGAAGCUGCACCAACUUAGCCAUAAAAAUAAUUCGAAAACGCGGCUCCAUAGUACUCACUGCGAAGCUACUGGUGAUUUUGAGACUUCUCCUAAAAGCACUUUCGCAGCAUGAAAAAGUCCCCCCUUUUGUGGAUAGUUUGAAGAAGAAUUUAGUUUCUCUCCGGGCAACAUUGCUGAACCGAGUGAAACUACGUCUGGCUGCUGUUAACACUACCACGGAUAGGCUUGUGCACGCAUUGUCUGCGUUCUGCCUGGCCACUAGUUCUUCCUCUAGCGACGCCAUACGACAUUUCUGUGAUGUGCGAAAGAAUGCAAUUGGCCAGAAAAUAAUACAAAAUACACAAAAAGACGGCAUUCUUCUUGCUCUAAAGUUGUACUUGCAAACUUUACGGCAGGCUGACCAUCUGCUUGCCGGCCCCCUAGCGGCUGCGUUGGAGAAGCUGACUUCUCAGCCUCUCCUUGCAGACCCUGAAAUCUUCUGUCUGGGUGAACUCAACAUAGAUGUCUUAAAACCCUGGUUAUUGGCAGACAUUCAGCAUUUUACUCCAUGGAUCAAGUAUAACAAAAUACCCAAGUCAGAAAGAGAUAUACAGCUAAAGCCUUGGUCUAAAGACACAUUUAAAAUAUUUUCAUCACAAGCGAAGCUGAAGUUGGAGGGGUUUCAUGACUUCGAAGAGCUUUUGAGUUUACGAAAGCAGCUAUUGGAGUCGUGGUUGCUGGUUCAGUCUUCAACCCCAACCCAUUCAAAUCUAGAAAUAUUCGAAGGGUUACAGGACAUCAUAAACCACCAACUAAUAUUGACCCUCCAAGGCCAAUCCGAAGGGCUAGCUACUUUGGGAAAUGAAAUCACGUCUGUUAUAAAUAAUCUUUCAACGGAUAAUGAUAAGGACAGAUCUUUACUGUGGGAUCCAAAGCUUACGUCGCUUGAUUUCUCUGAGGGCGCCUCAAACUUCAAGGGUGAGAUUGUAAACAGAACCCUAGGUAGAGGAACUGAUGUUCUGCGGUUGUUGGACUUAUACCAAACUUGGCUCCAAACUGUCGAAACUAGGGCCGCCUUAAUUCACGGGAUGAAAAGUGAUAACUGGGAGGAUAUUGUUGAAGAUGACAGUGACGAGGAUAUCAUUGACCAUAUAAAUGGAUGUUUGAAGGAGGAUAAUCCCGCUAUUCUUGAAGAAGAGCAUCGCAAAGCUUUGAUGAAAGGAUUUGAGAAACUUCAAGCUACUCUAACUGGAGUACUGAACGAAUUUUCCGAAGAAAAGAAAGCUUUACAGGCCGUCUUUCUACUCCGAAUGAUCCGUGAAAUUCGAAACAAAAUCCCAAACAAACUCCUAGAUGGAGGACAACAGCAUUUUGCCCAGAAAAUAAUACCGGGAUUGCACAAUAUCAUUGCAAUAGAUACGAUAGCCAAACUAUCCGUACAUAUAGAAAAGCUGAAGCCUUGCAAGAGCUCUCUAAGGUGCCCCGGCAGGACUCUGUGGGAAGGGAAACCAGAGCUGCCAGUUCAGCCGUCUCCGGCGGGAUUUAAACUGUUACGCAGGCUUGAGCUUACAAUGGAUAACCUAGGACCGGAUUUAUGGAAUCCUAGUGCUCUGUUUGCCUUGAAAGUGGAAUUUAAGAAAUCACUUGACACGCUUCUCGACGCCGGCCCCAAGCGAGAAACAGCUAACGCAAAGACUGAGGCUUCGGAGAAUGGGGUGAAGGAUGAAGAGCAGGACCAAAGUGCUACAAACCCAUCUAUCGAACGGGACUGUAAAAUACAAUAUCUGUUCGACCUCAUGUAUUUGGGUAACACAAUGGUACCAAAAACUGCAUCAGGGGGAAAAGGGAGCUCUCCAACACUUUGUAGAAAUAUGGAGGUCGAGUUCCCCGGCACUAGCCACGUGACCGGGCUUUUCCCGGGCUUAAAACUACUUCAAUAUCGGCACUUUUUAGUAACAUCUUCAAGUUAUCGUUCCGUCAACCAAUGUUCCCUCCACCACAGCUUCAAAAUGGCGCAUCAACGACUCCCUUUUCUCUAUCCAAACCUCCUGCGGUCCGUACGAGCUUGCGAGCCGACCACCUACCGAUCUAUACGUUGCCCGUCACAGCGAACGCAUUCCGCGGGGCUACAUUCAAGCCGUCCAUGUGAACAAGACACACGCUUUCAAAAACGUUAUGGGCCGGCUGUAGAACCGCGAUUGCGUCCUUCCGAAGUCCCUGGCGAUAGCGUGGAAUCAAGUUCUAGCCAGGGCUCAAAGGAAGAGACGGACCAGAGGGUAGCAAAGGGCGAUAAAUUGACCAAUGACACAUCCAAGACGCCCCCUAAACGAAGCGCGUCUGACACAGGAGCUCAGUUGUCGGACAAGGCCCAUUCCAAAGAUACGGCAACCGGAACAGCUUCGGAAAAAAGCCUUGGAGGGAAUGCUGAACAUAGCGAACCUCCUGGCUUAAUUGAGAUUGGGUCCGUUGGCGAUGCCCCUUCUCAGGGUGAUUUGGGCUCAGUAUACAAACUAUCAAGACCAGAGCCCCAGAAGGAUAUAGAGCACUCUCAAUCAAACGCCAUAGAGCCCUAUAUUCAUGGUCAUAAGCACAAGCCUCCGCCUCCGAACCCGUACGUCCAUCAUUUUGACACUUACACCCUCGUGAGAGACUUGAGUAAGAGUGGCUUCACGGAGCAGCAAUCCAUAUCCAUAGCCAAGUCAAUCCACGGCUUACUGGCAGUAAAUCUCGAGACGACCCGCGCCAGGCUAAUAUCAAAGUCCGACUUUGAAAACGAGAAUUACCUUUUCCGAGCAGCAUGCUCUGAACUGCAGACCUCCAUUCAAGCAUCCCGGAAUGCCGAGAUACAAUCCCAACGCACCCGGCGUGCUCUAAUACAGCAUGAAUUAGAUAUUCUGACCCAACGCAUGACGCAGGACCUUGCCGGUUUGAAGGAUGACUUGAAAGAGAUGUUCAACAACCAAAAAAUUUCUACUAGGGAGCUACAGCGGUCAAUUGACACGGCAAUUCAAGAGUUAAACUAUCAGAUUACGGUGUCUCUCAACAGUGACGGGAAGAGUGAAGUAGAGGGACUUAGAUGGGUGCUCACACGGAGAGCUGUUAUUGCAGUUGCCACCAGCGCAAGUAUGAUUAUUCUUGCUUUAAGAUACCAGUCUUAUAAAGUUCAGCAGCAUGAAGCUGCUAAGAAAGCUGCCAAGAAAGCUGCUGCUGAAUCUGAAGAAGUUGCCAUUGGUGAUAUCGUCCAAGUUACGAAACAAUAA